UCGGCGGCGGCGGCGGCGGCGGCGGCAGAGGCGGCAGCGCUCGCCAUUGCCGCUGGUGGCAGGAGGCUGCGAGGAGCCGGCGCGGUCGCAGUCUCCACGGCGCAGGCCCACGGUAGCGCAGCCGCUCUGAGAUUGUAAAACUUCAUGAUGGUGAAUAAACAGUGCUCAUUACCAACCAGUGUGCCUGACACAUAACAGGCACUCCAGGUGUUCGAGUGCUCCUGCAUGGACCAUGGAAUUAGUUACUUGACUGGCUUGACUGCCUCUAGCCUCAGCCCACCCAAGCCAUUCUUUAGCCAUCUGGAAAUACUUAUUUUAAUAGAUCUUCAUGGAGGAGCACGGAGUGACCCAAACUGAACACAUGGCUACCAUAGAAGCCCAUGCAGUUGCCCAACAAGUACAGCAGGUCCAUGUGGCCACCUACACAGAGCACAGUAUGCUGAGUGCGGAUGAAGACUCACCUUCUUCUCCUGAGGACACCUCUUACGAUGAUUCAGACAUACUCAACUCCACAGCGGCUGAUGAGGUAACAGCCCAUCUAGCUGCAGCAGGUCCUGUGGGAAUGGCUGCUGCCGCUGCUGUGGCGACAGGAAAGAAGCGGAAACGGCCUCAUGUGUUUGAGUCUAAUCCGUCUAUCCGGAAGAGACAGCAAACGCGCCUGCUUCGGAAACUUCGAGCCACAUUAGAUGAAUAUACUACUCGAGUGGGACAGCAAGCUAUUGUCCUCUGUAUCUCCCCCUCUAAACCCAACCCUGUCUUUAAAGUGUUCGGUGCAGCACCUUUGGAGAAUGUGGUGCGUAAGUACAAGAGCAUGAUCCUGGAAGACCUGGAGUCCGCCCUGGCAGAACACGCCCCUGCGCCCCAGGAGGUUAACUCCGAGCUGCCGCCUCUCACCAUCGAUGGAAUUCCAGUCUCUGUGGACAAAAUGACCCAGGCCCAGCUUCGGGCAUUUAUUCCAGAGAUGCUCAAGUAUUCCACAGGUCGGGGAAAGCCAGGCUGGGGCAAAGAAAGCUGCAAGCCCAUCUGGUGGCCUGAAGAUAUCCCAUGGGCAAAUGUCCGGAGCGACGUCCGCACAGAAGAGCAAAAGCAGAGGGUUUCAUGGACCCAGGCACUACGGACCAUAGUUAAAAACUGUUAUAAACAGCAUGGGCGGGAGGACCUUUUGUAUGCUUUUGAAGAUCAGCAAACACAAACACAGGCCACAACCACACACAGUAUAGCCCAUCUUGUACCAUCACAGACGGUAGUCCAGACCUUUAGUAACCCUGAUGGCACUGUCUCACUUAUCCAGGUUGGUACAGGGGCAACAGUAGCCACAUUGGCUGAUGCUUCAGAAUUGCCAACCACAGUCACUGUUGCCCAAGUGAAUUAUUCUGCAGUGGCUGAUGGAGAGGGCUUGGGGCCCUUUCUCUGGGACAUGGUGACAUCCGGCAUAGAUAACCACACAGUGGCUCCCAACAGAUGGAAAGGGAGAGCAACAAGAGCUCAAGCAAAUACAACUAAAGCACUGAGACUGAAGAAUAGGAAAUUCCAAAGAAAUGUUAACACCCAAGUGGAACAAAAUUGGGCCACGUUACAGGGAGGUGAGAUGACCAUCCAGACGACGCAAGCAUCAGAGGCCACCCAGGCGGUGGCAUCAUUGGCAGAGGCCGCAGUGGCAGCUUCUCAGGAGAUGCAACAGGGAGCUACAGUCACCAUGGCACUCAACAGCGAAGCCGCCGCCCAUGCUGUCGCCACACUGGCCGAAGCCACCUUGCAAGGGGGGGGACAGAUCGUCCUGUCUGGGGAAACCGCAGCAGCUGUCGGAGCACUUACUGGAGUCCAAGAUGCUAAUGUCUUUAAAGGGAAAGGAGUGAGGAGUGUGGGAAUUGCCAAUAGUGAACAAUGUGAGCAAAGGCCGAGAGGAACGAGUGUGACCGCCAUGUUGGGAGGACUGGUCCAGAUCCCCGUGAGCAUGUACCAGACUGUGGUAACCAGCCUCGCCCAGGGCAACGGGCCGGUGCAGGUGGCCAUGGCCCCUGUGACCACCCGGAUAUCGGACAGCACAGUCACCAUGGACGGCCAGGCUGUGGAGGUGGUGACAUUGGAACAGUGACAUGUGGCCGUACCACGACAUCGUUUUCUAGUCUACUUCAAAAUUUUUUACACGUUUGCAGAGGUGCAAUCAAAUGGAAUUAAGUCUCUCGACUUUGGAAGAAAAGUUUUGUUAACCUUUUUUUUAAAAAGGAAGAAAGGCAGUGGGUUUUGGAAUUGCAUUUUUUAAAGCACCACUCUUGAUUUUCUGGGAUUGUGGAAUAUGAUACUGUGUUGUCGAUUUCACUGUCCCAAAAAAGCCAAAUUGUGGCAGGACUUCUUUCUGCAGAAACAUGUGUGUAUACUUUUGUGUGUGUACGUGUGAGUGUGAAUAUAUGUAUAUGUGUACAUAUGGAUAUACACAUUUACAUAUAUAUAAAGUAUAUAUAUAUGUAUGUAUGUAUAUAUAUAUAUGUAUAUAUAUAUAUAUAUAUAUAUGAAACCCGCAUGGAAUUAUCUGUAUGAAAUCAAGGUGAGCUGUGGAAUAAAAUAAUUCACCCAGUUUAGUGGGUGUAGGGUACGUGGCCAGACACAGUCACCCGGUUUUUGUUCAUACCAGGGUCAUGCGUUGAGCUACUGACAAACUCAGGCGGAGGUGACCAUGCCCUUCACCAAAGCUGCCUCCCAGUGGCCACCCAGAACUCUCCCUGCUGGACUCAUCUGAGGAAGGAGGUUCCAAAAUGGGGCGGGGUCCAGAAAUUGUGUUUGCAAGGUCCAAGGGCCUCAUGGUCUGGCAGCUGAGAUGCUCCUCGGGCUGGCCCAGGUGCUGACCUUGCCACGGGCGGUGAAUGUCCUUAAAGCUCCAGGCAGGAACAAGAGGGAUUUCUUCAGCCUCCCAUCUCCUCCCCUUCCCAGGAGGCCUUCUUGAUCUCAUGACUAUUAAAAUGUUGCUUUGGUUUUAAGGUCAGUCCUGAAUUGGUCAUGUAUAUGAACUGAAGAUAACAGAAGUAUUAAGGGUUUGAGGAGCGUGUGAGCGUCAAGUGUGCUUGUGGGCGUGUGCUGGGAGGGGAGAGAGUGGGAGGGGGAGGGGAGGGGUUGGAAGGGGAAAGGAAGGAGGGAGAGACAAAUCUUCAAAGACCAGGGCACACCAAUGGGAGCAAUUUUUUCCUUUCCAGUAACUUUCUGUAGCUUAACAGAGGCGACUGGAAGUGACAGGGGCACCCGGCUCAAGGAAGGUCCUCUUCAUCCUGCGGGGCCUUGGAAGAGAAAGGGACCUGGGUGUUACCUGCAGCCCUGGAGCAGGCCCUGGUUCAGAAGGGACACUGCAGUUUUCCCAGGUGCAGCCUGGUGGGCCAGGCCCCCCAGCUUCCUCCUCACAGGUGUUCACCGGUCUGGGUGUUCUCCGUCACUUUAAAUUCUGUGAUUUCUCAGCUGCAAGCCCUGAGUCUCAAGUGGCUAAAUUCACCUGACUUCUCGACAGGCCAAAUCUCUGCUCCUUGAGUACAGGGACAACUCUUCCUCCCUCCUCCCGGGCCCCCACGUGUGAUAGUGUAUUUAAUGUGGUUUUUUUAAUGCGACAUUAAAAGAUUCUUCACGUCUUGCUCAGCCUUUGAGAAAAGUUUCAGAUUCUUGUAUUUGCUUGUUUUAUAUAAAACUAUCUAAUGUUCUUUGUAUGUUUUUUUCUGUACGUAAUAGGGGGAGGGAAGGGAAAUUUACAUAUAAACAGUCCUAGUUCUACAACUUGUUAUUUUUUUAAUUAUUAUUUUUUAUCGUCAUUGUGAAGCUGUUCAGGGGCUUUAAAGUCCGUGUUCCUUUGUGGUGAAAUAACCUCCUAAUAGUUUGAGAAAUUGCCAAGAAGAAGAAGAAGAGCAAAACCCAAGUAGCAGAGCAUGGAUUCUGUGUUGUUUUCCAUUCUGUCUAUUACUGCCUCAUUCAAUAAAUAGUUUCAAAUGUGGCAACAGGAA